AUCCUCUCUCUCUCUCUCUCUCUCUCCUUUCUUGUUCUGAUCAACUAUGUCUACUCCAGUGAUGUCUGAAUUAACCCAUCAAGGAAUCCAUCAUCUGGGUUGGGAUAACAACCAUUCCUUCCCUAGAAGGUUGGAAGGAAAAGUUGCAAUUGUCACCGGAGGUGCCGGAGGGAUCGGAGAAGCCACCGUAAGGCUCUUCACUAAACAUGGUGCCAAAGUAGUGAUUGCUGAUGUUGAAGAUUCAUUAGGAACUACACUUGCAAAUUCAUUAUCACCAUCAGUUACUUUUGUUCAUUGUGAUGUUAGCAUUGAAGAAGAAAUCGAAAACUUAAUCAAUUCGACGAUUUCGCGAUACGGCCGUCUCGACAUCCUUUUCAACAAUGCCGGAGUUCUUGGUAACCAAUCAAAACAUAAAAGUAUUCUUAAUUUUGAUGCUGAUGAAUUUGAUCUUAUAAUGAGAGUGAAUGUUAAAGGUGUUGCAUUAGGCAUGAAACAUGCUGCAAGAGUAAUGGUACCCAGAAGAACUGGUUGUAUUAUCUCCACCGCCAGUGUCGCCGCCGUCAUGGGUGGUCUUGGUCCUCAUGCUUAUACAGCUUCAAAACAUGCCAUUGUAGGGUUAACAAAGAAUGCAGCUUGUGAACUUGGAAGGUAUGGAAUUAGGGUUAAUUGUAUUUCCCCAUUUGGGGUAGCUACCUCUAUGCUUGUUAAUGCAUGGAGGAUUAAAGGUUUAGAUGAGGAGGAAGAAGAGGAUUCUAUGGACAUUAGGGUUCCUUGUGAGGAAGAAGUGGUGAAGACAGAAGAGUUUGUGAGAAGCUUGGCUAACCUUAUGGGUCCAACCUUAAGACCUAAAGAUAUAGCUGAAGCUGCUCUUUAUCUUGCAAGUGAUGAAUCCAAGUAUGUAAGUGGACACAACCUUGUUGUAGAUGGUGGGGUUACUACCUCAAGAAAUUGUGUAGGCUUAUGAAGGUGAAAUACAAAUAGAAUUUAAGC